AUGUUACCGAGCGCCGCCCAGCCCUUGCGACCCGAGCCCUCCGUGGACUUGAGCGGAGCUUCCGUGGCGACCCCGGACGAGAUCAAGGAGUUCUUCGGGUCGAUCUCGGGGGAGCAGCGCAGGAAACUCGCUGAAGCUCUAGAGAUCCUUCAGAAAGGGCCGUCGGGACCUUUGAAGCUGGCGAGCUCCUACAUCCUGCAGGGGACCGACGGGGAGUGGGGCUCCUACAAGAUGGAGGUGAAGAUAAACUCCGAUGCCAGCGGAACUGUAAUGGAACAGGUCUCCACUAGCGCAGAGACUCCGGAAGUGACGGAGUUGUGGACUGGCACCUUCACCACCAGUGGGGACUGCGUGAUCUUCAAGGGCACCCAGGUCGAGAUGAUGUCUGACACCGGCAAAGUCGAAGAGUUCAAGAGAGAGACGAAAGCCGGGAACAAGGAGUACUGCUUUCAGGAGGCAGAAGAAGGACGCCUUCUGCACCUGGGUGAGGACGGUACACCUUUGGAAGAUCCUUACCCGCUGAAGGCGGGAGACAAGAAGUACAUCUAUCCCCAGGGAGGUGAAGUCGUGAUCUGA